AUGUCUGGAGUUACUAGAAGUACAAGAGGUUCCUGGAGAAGCAAGUUAUCCACUUAUUUCGAAGCCCAUGGCCGUUUUUGUGCUUCCCACCCAUGGGAGGUGAUUGUUACUACCGUCACUCUGACAGUGUCGGCCUUGUCCAUGAGUGUAUUGAAUGGUGGGAAAGUGGGGACUGUGUGUGGGAUCUCUAAACCCUGUGUCGAGAGUCCAGAGAAAUCCGACACUGUCCUCCUCUCCAUUGUCAACUGUCUGGCCGUGAUCUACAUAUACAACCAGUUCAGUAAACUGAGGAAAGCUGGCUCCAAAUACAUACUAGGCAUAGCUGGUCUGUUCACCAUCUUCUCCAGCUUUGUGUUUGGCAGCACAGUCAUCAACUUCAUCGAUGACAAAGUCUCUGGAUUGCAUGAAGCACUGCCCUUCUUUCUACUGCUCAUUGAUCUCUCCAAAGCCAGCUCCCUUGCUAAAAUUGCGUUCAAAUCCAGAACAAAGGAUGAAGUACGUGACAACAUUGGCCGUGGUAUUGCUGAGCUCGGUCCCACCAUGUCUCUGGACACUCUGGUGGAGGUGCUGCUCAUCAGUAUAGGCACCAUCUCAGGUGUGCCUCAAUUUGAGACUCUUUGCUGCUUUGGGAGCGUGUCCUUGAUAGCCAACUACCUCGUCUUCAUGACCUUCUUUCCUGCUGCUCUUGCUCUGUUCCUAGAGGUAUGUCCAUUCGAUGCUGAGAAUCCGAUGUGGCAUCUUGAUGAACUGAACAGAGAGAUGGAACAGUCUGAGAGGAGGCCCAACCCAGUAGCCCAGAGGGUCAAAGUAAUCAUGGCCCUCGGACUGGCAGUUGUUCACAUCCACAGUCAAUUCUUCUCUUCGAUGACUGGGCUCUCGUUUGGAUUCAGUACCUCCGAGGGCACAGAGGGUAGUCUGGUGGAGAGGCCGGCUGAGGGAGUGGCUGAUGAUGUCAUAGAGAAGGUGCCCCUUAAUGACUACCUCUGGUGGAAGGUGUUCAACAUGUCAGUCGACCAGAUCAUCACUGUUCUAUUGGCUGCUGUCCUCUUUGUCAAAUAUAUCUUCUUGGACAAGUCAGGAUCAUACUCUCCCUCCAGUGUGCCUCCAACUCCCAACUCUUCGCGGAAAAACUCCACAACAACUGUCUUCUCAAAAUCUAAGCCGAUUCAAUCGUCUUCCUCCCAGUCUGGCUCUUGUCCGUUCCUUCCUCCGUCGUCUCGAAAUCUCGAUUUUUCACCGGGUUCUUUAAAUAGGAGAGCGGCUGAUGAGAGCAUGGAGAAACUUGUCAAUAACGGAAUUGUGAUUACCGAUACAACUCGAAGACCAACCACCACGAACAAUACUAAUACUCCUAGCAUCGACAAUGUACCAGCUAAACUACCAAGCAAGUCUUCACCGAAUAAGUUCGACUUAAGGCUCAAACCAGUGGCAAGCGUGACUGUUGGUACACAGACAGAUUUUGAGGACCAGCCAGUUAAGAAGAGCAUGUUCAGUUUGGGAGAUAUGAGUGAACCCAGUACACCUACCGAGUCCUCUAGUGGGAGAGAGAGCCCAGAGACAGAGAUACCGGCAGAACCAAGACCCAUCAGUGAAUGUCUGGCAUUGUACAAGUCUGAUGAAGGGGCUAACCUACUCUCAGACGAGGAGAUCCAACAGCUGGUCAAGGCCAAGCACAUUCCAGCCUACAAGCUAGAGACAGCCCUCGGUGACCAUCAAAGAGGAAUUGCUGUCCGUCGUCAAAUACUCGAGAAACAGCUCGGUGGGACCAUCACCCUUAAAACCCUCCCCUACAAGCACUACGACUUCUCACUAGUCACCGGGGCUUGUUGCGAGAACGUGAUUGGAUACAUGCCCCUACCAGUCGGCUAUGCUGGUCCCCUCCUACUAGAUGACAAGUCCUAUCACGUGCCGAUGUCCACAACUGAAGGUGCUCUGGUGGCCAGUACCAACCGAGGCUGUAGAGCACUCUCUUCAUCGGGCGGAGUGCGUAGUAUGAUACUGGAUGAUGGAAUGACUCGUGGACCUGUUCUUCGAUGCCCCUCCGCUAUGGAGGCCGGAUCUGUGAAGGUGUGGUUUGAAGACAGAGAGAAUUUCGAUUCAGUGGCGGAAGUGUUCAACUCCACAAGUCGGUUUGCUCGUCUCAAGGCAGUGCAAGUAGCAGUGGCUGGCCGAUUGUUGUACAUCAGAUUUAAGGCUUUUACUGGUGAUGCCAUGGGCAUGAACAUGCUCUCCAAGGGAGUUGAAAAGUCUCUGAGUUUUGUCACAGAGAAGUUUCCUAAUCUAGAGGUGAUCAGUUUGAGUGGCAACUACUGCACUGAUAAGAAGCCAGCGGCCAUCAACUGGAUUGAGGGGCGUGGCAAGUCGGUCGUAUGUGAGGCCACCAUUCCAUCGCAUAUUGUCAAACAGGUAUUAAAGACUAAUGUAGAUGCAUUGGUUGACCUGAACAUCAGCAAGAACCUAGUUGGAUCAGCCAUGGCCGGAGCUAUCGGUGGAUUCAAUGCUCAUGCUGCCAACGUUGUCACUGCCAUCUACAUUGCAACAGGACAGGACCCGGCCCAGAACAUAGCCAGCUCCAACUGCAUCACCCUGAUGGAGCGCAGUGGAUCCAAAGGAGAGGACCUGUACAUCUCUUGCACCAUGCCCUCCAUCGAGAUAGGUACCGUGGGAGGUGGUACGAUCCUAGGACCACAGUCAGCCUGUCUCUCGAUGGUCGGAGUCAAGGGUCCCAAUAAGGACACCCCUGGGGAUAACGCUAAACAGCUGGCCCGUAUUGUGUGUGCCACUGUACUGGCUGGUGAGCUCUCGUUAUUGUCUGCACUGGCAGCUGGCCACCUCGUCAAGAGUCAUCUCACUCAUAACAGGUCCAAUCUCAACCUAGCCUCUAUUCCCGAGAGUGCUGAGCCUAAGGAACAUCGACGGACUCGUUCAGAUACGACCUCUAUGACCCACCAGACCACCCCCUCCAGUCCCGUCAGACGGGCCUCAGCGGCAGGAGGGACAGCUGUCAAUUAGUCAAUUGUGGUCACUUAUAUACAGUGUAGGCAAACUGUUCUGCAUGUUAUUUAUUUUUUAAUUUUGUUUUGUGAUUGGCAAUGCAUUAGUAUUAGUUUGCACAUGUUUGUGAAUCUUUAGUUAUAAUUAUUUGUAUAACAUGUCCCAAAUUUUUUGAUUGGAAUGUUAAUUAAUCAUUAAAUUUCUUAC